GAAUUUUUUUAUUUUGCUUCGACUCAGACCAACACGGCUACCUACCUGUAACCUUUACUGCAAUAAGUUAGUCUAUCCUGAAAAAAAAUGUUUGCUUCUAGUUCAUUUAAUGAAGCUGAACUGUAAUAGUUUAAUGCACAAGGCACCCAUUAUGACCUACACAGAUAUUAAUUCCACAGUUUCAAAGUAGAGGCAAUAGUGCAGCCUUUUUUCACAGUGUUCCAGGAGGUAGUACUGUAUACUCUUUUCAAAUAGUUUUCAUGUGGAAAGAUGGUGGCGCCCUUGUCUCUUCAGCUGGAGUUCAGAGGUGGAGCAGAGCUCUUGUUUGAUGGGAUAAGAAAACAUCAGGUGACUUUGCCCAGCCAGCAAAGACCUUGGGAUUUUCGAAACUUGCUGGUGUGGAUUAAAGAGAACCUGUUGAAAGAGAGGCCAGAACUGUUUGUGCAGGGAGAUUCUGUGCUGCCUGGAAUCUUGGUGCUGAUCAAUGACGCAGAUUGGGAGUUGAUGGGGGAGCUGGACUAUCUGCUCCAAGACCAGGAUAACGUCAUUUUCAUCUCCACCUUGCAUGGUGGCUAGACUAUGAAAAAGAAUAUUUGUGCUGGUGUGCAGAAGGGAUUCCUGGCCCAGACAUAAACAUUCCUUGCUUUCUUGGCUGUCACCCCAGAUCAGAGUUGGUUUCUCAUGAGCUGCUUUUCUUUAAUGAAGUCUGCCCUUUUGACACUUGGCUCCUCCCACCCAGUGGUUCAGCUCUCGCCUCCUUUGUCCAAGAAGGCUGAAAUAAUUUCUGCACUUGGUCACCCUCUUCCUUGCUCCAGGAGGUGCACACCAUGGAACAAAUGGCUGAAAAUGAGCCGCUUUGCACGUGGAACAGCUGAGCUCACCCUGGCUGUCACACUUGUUU